GACAUUUGACGAAACAAAUAGUGAUGACAGUAGUGAAGAAUCAAGCGACGAAAAUGAUGCUGAUGCUGGUCACCAAAAUAAUGAAGAGGAUCAAAGCGACGAGUUCGAUAUGAUUUCUGAAAGUGGCCAAGAUAUGAGUGAAAGUAAUACCGAUGAUCUUGACUCAAUAGAAGAAAAUGGAGUUAAAAGUGAUGAUAGUGAAAAUGAUAGCAAUUCCCCAAUUCAUAACGGCAAUAACAACGAAGGAAACGGGAUUUCAGACAGCGAACUCAGUGAUGCUCCAACUUCAAGCAACGAAAAUA